GGCCUGGAGCCUGCCCUGGCCGGGAAGCGGGCGUCUUUGCUCCCCACCCGCACCGGGAGCGGCCGCGGCCGCUCCUGCGGGACACAGCUGACGCGCGGCCCGCCCGGCUUCCCGAAGUCACCGAACUGGCUGGUCAGGUGAGCAGCGGCUGGGGAUCACGUGGCUUCCCGCUCUCUCCUGGCCAGGCUGGAAGCUCAGUUGUGUUGCAGCUGAUCCUGGUGCCUGGCCCGUCCCUCUCCGCCUGGUAUUUAUCACUCACUCCAGAGCAAUGAAGUUAGCAGCCUCUGUCUCUGGCCUGGCCCUAGUGGCCUGUGCCCUGGCUCUGGAGAAUGGACUCAUGCGGGUGCCCCCGAUGGGCUGGCUGGCGUGGGAGAGAUUUCGCUGCAACACUGACUGCAAGACGGACCCUGACAACUGCAUCAGCGAGAAGCUUUUCGUUGACAUGAUAGAUCGUCUAGCAGACGAUGGCUGGAAGGAGCUGGGCUACGUGUAUGUGAACAUAGAUGAUUGCUGGAUGGCGAAGAAGCGGGACGCAACGGGGAAACUGAUCCCAGAUCCCGAGCGUUUUCCCAGUGGGAUCAAAGCCUUGGCAGAUUACGCACACUUCCGGGGACUGAAAUUGGGCAUCUAUGGAGACAUGGGCAAUUACACAUGCGGUGGCUACCCAGGAACCACGCUGGACCGAGUUGAACAGGAUGCCCUGACCUUCGCAGAGUGGGGCGUGGACAUGCUGAAGCUGGAUGGCUGCUACUCAUCAGAAGAGGAGCAGGCCCAGGGCUACCCUAAAAUGGCAAUGGCCUUGAAUGCAACAGGCCGCCCUAUUGCCUAUUCCUGUAGCUGGCCAGCCUAUCGAGGAGGGCUUCCACCCAAGGUGAACUACACCCUCCUGGCGAACAUCUGUAACCUCUGGCGUAACUAUGGUGACAUUCAGGACUCCUGGAACAGCAUCCUUUCCAUCGUGGACUGGUUUUCAGCAAAUCAGGAUGUGCUGCAGCCGGUGAAUGGCCCUGGCCACUGGAAUGACCCAGACAUGCUGAUCAUUGGAAACUUUGGCCUCAGUGAUGAACAGUCCCGAUCCCAGAUGGCCUUAUGGACGGUGCUGGCCGCCCCACUCUUCAUGUCCACAGACCUCCGCACCCUCUCCCGCAGCUCCAGGGAGAUUCUGCAGAACCGGCUGAUGAUCAAAAUCAACCAGGACCCCUUGGGAAUCCAGGGACGCAGAGUCCUUAGGGAGAAGUCUCAUAUUGAGGUGUUCCUGCGCCCGCUUUCCCACUCAGCCAGUGCCCUGGUCUUCCUCAGCCGGCGGACGGACAUGCCGUACCGCUACACCAUCUCCCUCAGCAAGCUCAACUUCUCCGCCAGCGCCGUGUACGAGGCACAGGAUGUGUACAGUGGCGGGAUCAUCAGCGGCCUGAAGGCUGGAGAGAACUUCACUGUCAUUGUUAACCCCUCGGGCGUAGUCAUGUGGUACCUCUAUCCCACAAUGUACCUGGAUCAACCCUUGGAUUUUGUCAGACAGCGCCCCCAGGGAAAGGGCUUCCACCCAUUUGCACUGUGAAGCCAAUCAAAAAGGAAGAGGAUGGGGGCCAGCUGUGAUUUUAUCCAGCCCCGAUGGGUACAUGUUGCUCUCUGGCCAGGAGCGACUCCCCUGAGUGUUUCCAUCACUACAUGGAACAGACGUUUUGCUUGUUCACAGUCGCAAACUAAUGAUCUGCACAUAACCGCUUUGUGCCUUGAUUUUCCUCUCUGUCAACCAGAGAGAAUUAUCACCUCCCUCCCAGGCAUGACAGGAGGGUUAAUUCAUUACUGAUUGUAAAGUGCUUUGAGACCCUUCCCUGGAUGGUGCCAGAACACGGCCAGUGUGAGCAUUUGAUAACUCUCGCUACUUGAACACUUGGCUUUGAGCCCGUGCUAGAGUAGCAGGGGCUGAAGGCAGUAGCGUAACUCGGUGAAGGGGUCAUUUCCCCUAGAUUUGCAGUAGGGCCUUAGAGCUGACCCCUGACGUACCUGUCACGAGGAGCGAGUCUCCUGGAAGUGCUAUACCAGCAAUCACAUGUUCCAUCGGGGGGGAACUUUCCUACCAUUUCCUUCGCUUAGAACUCACCCCCUUCCAGUUGUAAAACCAUUAGCGCCUGUAGGAGGCAGCAUUGUGCGGCAGCAAGAGCAGGGUCCUGGGAGUUAGAAACUCAUAAAUUUCAGUGCUGCCUCUGAUCUCAGCAAUUGCUAAAGGCGAUGUCUGCACUACCUCUGCUACAGUGGCACACCUGUGGGGCUGCAGCACCCUCAAGUAGACCCUUCCUGCACUGAUGGGUGGGGCUUUUCCAUUGGUGGUGUUAAUCUCACCUCUCCAAGAGGCGGGUGGCUAGGUCGAUGGAUGAAUUCUUCUGCCAUGCCAAAAGCAGGGGCUAGACCAAUCUAACUGCAGUGCUCAGGGAUAUAAUUUGUCACAGCCCUGAGCGAUGGAGCUAGGUUGAUCUAAUUUUUAAGUGUAGACCAGUGGUUCUCAACCCAAGGCCCAAUCAGCACUCAGCUAUGGCACAUGUGACAUCCUCACAGCCAUAUAGGUAGUACGUAUAUUGUGUGGAUGCAGCCCAUGUAACACAGAGAGAGCUGCAUAUGUGGCCCACAAGGGUAAAUCAGUUGAGGACUAUUGGUGUGGACCAAGCUUUAGUUUCCCCGUCUGUAAAUUGGGGACAAUACCCCUCCCAUACCUGAAGAUUAUUAGUCAUAUUUAGCACUUAACAUCUUCCAAGUGCCCUACAAAUAGGAGCUUGAGCAUCACAGAAUCCCAGCCUGGGUGAGCCUUAGUAGUGCCCUGGUGCUGGAUACUGAGGCACAGGGAGGCUGUACAAUAAAUCAGUGGCAGAGCAGAAAUUAAACAGGACUCCCUGGCUUGUGCUCCACCCAGCCUGCCUUUUCAGUUAGUUCACAGAACGGGGUGGAGAUUUACAGUAGUCUCCACUGAUUUAUGCCUUAUCAUCUUUAAAAAACCACCACCGCUAAAUGUACGCAGCAGGAAAGCAGCAGUGUACAGUGUCUGUUUCAUUGCCUGACGGGCUUGGAAACACUUGUGCACUCACAAUCUUGUCCAGCCGAGAACUGCCUCGUAUUAGCACUAGCCUACCCAGCAACUGAGCUGGUUGUUCCUGCUGGAUGGGGACAGGCUCCCUUCCUUCUCUAGCUGGCCAACAUUCCAGGAUUUCUCAGGGAAAGGUAGCUGUGCAUGAAUUUGUUCAUUUCCAUGACCAGCUUUUUAGCCAUUAAUACACUGCCAGGGGACUGCAUUAGGAGCCUGUCACUUGCAUUGUGGGCCCGAGCCACAGCUGGCUGCACUCCAUUGUCUGAAAGGGAACCCUGUUGCUAUGUAUUACAGUGUAAGUUGUGCUAGAGAAUUAAUGUUUGAAUAAUGUAUUUGUAUGGCCAGAACAGGAACGUUGUAACUGGAAGGAAAACAGCCUAUCUUCUUCAUCCCAGCUGGGCCCAAACUGACAGCUUAAGGGCUGGGGAAAGUGGGGUCUGGGCUACUCUGGGAGAAUUCUGCACCAAAAAAUUAAAAAUUCUGUGCCCAAUAUCAAAAUUUUGCAAAAUUCAGCAUAUUUUAUU